UUAUUAAAAAUUAGGUCAAAGAAAAUGAGCUAAAGAAAAAGGGAUGUAAUUUUGUGUAAAUUCGAAUUUUGGGACGAAUAUGGAGGUGAGAGACAAAUUCAAGAGUGGAUUGGCAAUAGCAAAAGAGUGAGGAACAAAACAAGAGAGGAGGAAAGGAAUGCCGAGGUGUCAUAAAAGCGACACCAAUGAAGGAGAUUCGGAUCAGAGAGGAGAAGCAGCAUCGGAGCAUCAGCAUCUUCUUCUUUUGUUUUUGCUAUUUACUCUAUCUACUUAAUUAAUUAAGAAUAUAAAAAAUGAAACAAACACUUGCAAAUGUCGCCACACGCGACGCGCCCAAUCUCCGUCUUCUCUUCUUCACCUCACUCUAUAAAUAACCACCACCACCAUAUCCAACGGUCUCUCCCUCUCCUCUCUUUUCAACUUUUCCAUCAGUCAAUCUAUUUCUUUCUUUCUUUUCUUUGCCCUUCUUUUCCUUCUUCAUCAUCUAAUCAAAUCUCCAUUCUUUUCUAUAAAAAGUUAAAACGAUUAAAAAAGGAAACAAGAAAAAAAGAGAGGUUAUUAUGGAAAUGGGACCUGACCUGACUGACCUUUUCGAAUUAUAAAAUUACGCGGCCUCUCUUUCUUUUAUUCUUUUUUUUUUUUUCGUUUGGUUCUCUCUUUCUCUCUCGUUUCAUGGCUAUUUGAGAGACAAGAUACAUUUUCAUUGACCCGUUGAGAGAGAGAGAGACAGACAGAGUGUGUGCGCGUGUGUUUGUAUUGUGUGCUGAAAUUUAGGGGUUUUAAUUCUUUUUGUAUUUAAUUUUUGGAGCUGAGAUUGAGAGAGAAAGGAAUUCGGAGGUAAAAAGAAAGAAAAGGAGAGGGAGGGGGAAACAAUGGCAGCGACGACAGCAUUUGAUUCUUUUGAUUGGUUUCUCUUCUCUCUGAGUAGAGCUUUUUGCAGUCCUUUCGCUAUUUUUAUUCAGAUCCAGGGAUGUUUUAUCUGCUUAGUUCUUGCUACUGGGUGGUUUUUUGCUGCUUUUGUGAGGAAUAGAGAGAUCAAGCGGAUGAAGAAUAGCAUGAGAGCUGGAAAUAGCUUCGCAUUUCUUUGUCAUGAUAUUAAUGAACUGGAACACUCAAAUCAGGUCAAUCUGCCUCGAGUUUCUGUUGUUAUGCCCUUAAAGGGGUUUGGUGAACACAAUCUACAUAACUGGAGAAGUCAGAUCACAUCUCUAUAUGGUGGUCCUUUGGAAUUUCUUUUUGUAGUGGAAAGCACAGAAGACCCUGCUUACCAUGCUAUAUCUCGUUUAAUACUAGAAUUUAAGGAUGAUGUUGAGGCUAGAGUUAUUGUUGCUGGUUUGGCAACAACUUGUAGUCAGAAAAUUCACAACCAGUUGUUUGGUGUGGAGAAGAUGCAUAAAGACACCAAAUAUGUACUAUUUUUAGAUGAUGAUGUUAGGCUGCACCCUGGGUCAAUUGGAGCCCUCACUACUGAAAUGGAAAAGAAUCCUGAGAUAUUUAUACAAACUGGAUACCCUCUUGACCUACCUUCAGGGAGUUUAGGAAGCUACUGCAUCUAUGAAUAUCAUAUGCCUUGUUCAAUGGGAUUUGCCACUGGUGGAAAAACAUUCUUUCUGUGGGGAGGGUGCAUGAUGAUGCAUGCUGACGAUUUUAGAUAUGACCGCUGUGGUGUGGUCUCAGAACUACGAGAUGGCGGAUACUCUGAUGAUAUGACUCUUGCAGCUAUAGCUGGGGCUCAUAAGAGACUUAUUACAUCACCUCCAGUUGCUGUUUUUCCUCAUCCUCUUGCUAGUGAUCUUAAUUUUUCAAGGUACUGGAAUUACUUGAGGAAGCAAACAUUUGUUUUGGAAUCAUAUACAACAAAGGUUAAUUGGAUAAUGAACAAAGCAUUAUUUUCUACCCACUGCUAUUUGUCAUGGGGGUUUGUGGCUCCAUACUUUAUGGCUAUGAUUCAUGUUACAGCAGCACUGCGAAUUUAUAUCCAAGGAUAUGCACGGGCUGAAACAGCCUUUGUUUCUAACGGGUUGUUACUGGUCACCUGCCUAACUGUGUGCACCUUUACGGAACUUUUCUCAAUGUGGAAUUUGACAAGGAUAGAAGUUCAGUUAUGCAAUUUGCUAUCCCCAGAGGCACCCCGACUCUCUCUUGCUACUUAUAACUGGGUCCUCGUCUUUAUUGCAAUGCUGGUGGAUAACUUCUUAUAUCCAAUAUCUGCAUUCCGAUCGCACUUCUCCCAGUCUAUAAAUUGGUCUGGCAUACGGUAUCACUUGAAGAAUGGGAAGAUAAGCAAGAUUGAAAGAAGCAAGGAUAAGGGUCCAAUUUACACAGAUUUAGGUGGAAAGAAUAUAUAUGGGAAGAAGGGAGCUCCUCCCAGAGCCUCUUUCCUUGGUUCUUUGGCAAAAAAUUUGGCACAAUGGCGACAACCUAAGAAAUUUGAUAGCUAGAAAUGGGUUUCAUAGAUCGAUAUCUUUGUUUUUCCCCAUUUAAAUAUCCAAUGGGCAGUUAGGGUUUUGGGGAACAAAAAUUCUUGGUGCAUUGUUGUGUAUUUUGGAUAGGGUUGGCUAGUAUCUAUUGUUGAUUGAUUUUUUUAGAGAUUUAGGAAUUUUAGUCUAUUUUUUUAAUCUCCAUUCAAUCAAUUUUUAUUCUUAAAGUUUAGGCUAUCUUGUCUGGGCUGAUUUUGUAAUUUUCAAGUGAUUUGUUCUGUAAUUUAUGUAUUUCAUACAGUUAAGAAAAUAUCAAAUGCGUAUUUCAAAAUUUUUAAA